CCAAUGUGAAGUCUUUUAAGUCCAAUAGCCAUCUUAAGUCUAUUUUUCAAAUGACAAUUGGGUCAUACUAAUUCAUUGAAUUUUUCAUAUUCAGAUACCAUGCUACAGCAAUUAACUGGGGAAGGCUGAACUCUUAAACCUAGUGAUGACCCAACUUGGCAUCCUUUACUACCAACCAUUCUCUGUCCAGCCUUUUGGAGUACACAUUGUAAGUUCCAAACCAUAACCAAAUUGCAAACUGCACAACAAGCUAUCAAAGCAGCAAGCCAUUUUUAAUCCUUUCCUUUCCUUUCCUUUCUUUUCCAUCAUAAUUCAGAACCCAGAUUCCUUCUUUGUCUUAUAACUUAGACCAUGUUGGCAGAGGUGUUUCUUGGAGCAGUUCUUCAAGUGCUGUUUGAUAGGUUGGCACCCCGUGAGGUGAUGAGCUUGGUGUUCAGGGAAAGUGUCAAGAAGAAGCUGGAGAAAUGGAGGCAAACCCUGUCGGCGAUUCAGAUGGUUCUUAAAGAUGCUGAGGAGAAGCAACUGACGGAUGAAGAUGUGAAGCAAUGGCUGGAAGCUAUCAGAGAUUUGGCUUAUGAUCUUGAAGACUUAUUUGAUGAUUUUGCCAUUGAAGCUAUGCAGCGCAAGUUGAAGGCAGAACCUGAGUCUGGUAGCCCAGCAAGUAUGGUUAGAAACUUAGUCCCUACUCGUUUUACUCCUAGUGCUGUUAAAUUCAACCUUACGAUGAAGUUUGAGAUUGAAAAAAUCAGUAAACGGUUAAAAGAAAUAACUGAACAAAAAGACAGACUUGGGUUGAAAGAUGGUGGUAUGUCUGUAAAGAUAUGGAAAAGGCCAUCCAGCACAAGUGUGCCAUAUGGACCUGUGAUAGGCAGAGAUGAAGAUAGAAAGAAGAUUAUAGAACUCAUUUUAAAAGAUGAGCAAACUGAUGAUGCUAAUUUUCAUGUCAUUUCUAUUGUUGGUAUGGCUGGGGUUGGUAAGACAACACUUGCUAGGCUUGUGUACAAUGAUGAUGCAGUUAAGCAUUUCAAUCCAAGAGCCUGGAUAUGUGUGUCUGAUGACUUUGAUGUUAUGAUGGUAACAAAAGCUCUUCUUGAAUCAGUCACUUCCCAACCCUGCCAUCUCAAAGAGUUGAAUGAAGUUCAGGUGAAGCUGGCGAGUGAAUUAGAGGGUAAAAAGUUCUUGCUUGUUUUAGAUGAUCUUUGGAAUGAGAAUUAUGGCCUGUGGGAAGCACUGCUACCUCCUUUCAGUGCUGGAGCAGCAGGGAGUCGAAUAAUCGUGACCACACGAAAUGCAAGUGUUGGAAAGGUGAUGGGAGCAGUUCAGUCUUAUAAUCUGGAUUUCAUAUCCGACAAUGAUUGCUGGGCAAUAUUUGUCCAGCAUUCCUUGAUGAAUGAAAAUGUUGGUAGACCUGGGAAUUCAGGCCUAAUUCGUGAGAGAAUUCUUGAAAGGUGCAGGGGAUUGCCUUUGGCAGCAAGGACUCUUGGUGGCCUUUUCCGUGGUAAAGAGUUAGAUGAGUGGGAGGAUAUAAUGAAUGGCAAAUUGUGGAGUUCAUCAAACAUGGGAAGUGACAUAUUUCCCAUAUUAAGAUUGAGCUACCACCAUCUCCCUCAUCAUCUAAAGAGGUGCUUUGCUUAUUGUUCAUUAUUCCCAAGGGACUAUGAAUUUGAAGAGAAGCAACUGAUCCUGCUUUGGAUGGCAGAAGGUUUGAUUUAUCAAGCAGAAGGUGAUAAGCCGAUGGAAGAUUUAGGUGGCGAGUACUUUCGUGAUCUACUGUCAAGGUCAUUUUUUCAGCAGUCAAGCAGUAAUAAAUCACGAUUCGUGAUGCACGACCUCAUCAGUGAUUUAGCUCAAUGGGUUGCAGGAAUAAGCUACUUCAGGUUGGAGACUAAACUGGAGGGCAACGAGCGAAGCAAAGUUUCCAGAAAAGCUCGCCAUUUAUCUUUUGUUGGUAGCAGAUAUGAUGGAGCUAAGAAGUUUGAGGCAAUUUCUGAAUUCAAGCAUUUGCGGACCUUCCUACCACUAAUGGCACCAUAUGUUGGGUACUCCUAUCUGUCUUAUCACAUUAUUAAUCAAUUGCUGCCUAAAUUACAAAACCUACGGGUGCUUUCUUUGAGUGGAUAUCGCAUAGUUUAUCUACCAGAAACAAUUGGUGAUCUCAAGCAUUUGCGGUACCUUGACCUUUCUCGCACACAACUCAGAAGCUUGCCUGCAUCAAUAAGCACUCUUUACAAUUUACAAACAUUGCUAUUAGAAAAUUGCUCUUCUUUAAAGUUCUUGCCUCCUGAUUUUGGUAAACUGUUCAACCUGCGUCAUUUGAAUAUUUUUGGAUCAAAUUUAUUGGAAGGAAUGCCUCUAAGCAUAGGUAAUUUGACUAGUCUCCAAACAUUGUCCAACUUUGUUGUGGGCAAAGCAGAUAGUUUCUGUGUAAUAAGAGAGCUAGGGCCCUUGGUGCAUCUUCGAGGGACACUCUGCAUCUCAAAAUUGGAGAAUGUAACUAAAGCUCAGGAGGCAAGAGACAGUUAUUUAUAUGGUAAGCAAGACCUUAAUGAGGUUGUGAUGGAAUGGAGUAGCAACCUUAAUGAAUCACAAGAUGAAGAAACCCAGUUGGAAGUACUUAACAUGCUACAGCCUAAUGUGAAGUUGAAAGAGCUUACUGUGAAGUGCUAUGGCGGAACCAAAUUCCCAACUUGGAUAGGAGAUCCUUCAUUUUCUAAUUUAGUGUUCCUAAGGUUUGAAAAUUGUGAUAACUGCAAUUUCUUGCCACCAGUUGGGCAACUACCCUUUCUCAAAGAUCUUCUCAUUAAAGGAAUGGCUGGAGUGAAGAGUGUUGGCCGAGAGUUUUAUGGGGAAAGUUGCUCGAGAUCUUUUCAAUCCUUGGAGAUCUUGCAUUUUGAGAAUAUGCCAAGAUGGGAAAACUGGACUCCUCUUGGAGUUAAUGAAGCAUUUCCUUGCUUGCGUAAGCUUUCAAUCAUAAGAUGCCAUAAUCUGGUGAGAAAAUUGCCAGGCCAUCUUCCUUCAUUAAAAAAGCUUGUGAUUCAUGGAUGCUGGAAUUUGGUAGUUUCAGUUUCAAACUUACCAAUGCUGUGUGUAUUAGUAAUUGAGGGAUGCAAAAGAGUGGAAUGUGAAAGUUCUGUUGGCUUUGGCUCACCAUACUCCAUGGUUUUUUCAAAAAUUUCAGAGUUUGGAAAUGCAACAGCAGGGUUAAUGCAUGGAGUAAGUAAAGUAGAAUAUUUGAAGAUUGUUGAUUCUGAAAAGCUCACAACUUUGUGGGAGAAAAUACCUGAAGGGUUGCACAGACUCAAAUUCCUACGAGAGCUGUCUAUUGAAGACUGCCCAACACUAGUUUCCUUUCCAGCAUCUGGUUUUCCAUCCAUGCUGAAAGUAAUUCAAAUAAAAAGCUGCAGUGGUCUGAAAUCAUUACUACCAGAGGGAACGUUGCACAGCAGAGAAAAUGCAUGUCUUGAGCGGUUGUGUGUUGUUCGUUGUGAUUCUAUGAAGUCCAUUGCCAGAGGACAGCUACCAACAACUCUAAAAAGGUUGGAGAUAUCUCAUUGUAUGAAUUUGCAGUGUGCGCUAGACGAGGGAGAGGGUUCUUCUUCUUCUUCUUCAGUGAUGCAUGAUGAGGAUAUGAACAACAGAAGCAAAACUCAUCUUCAGUACUUAGACAUCAAAUCAUGUCCAUCUCUCACAACCUUAACUUCAAGUGGCAAGUUACCUGCCACGCUUACACACCUCCUUCUGAGGGAAUGCCCAAAGCUCAUGUGUUUGUCAUCAACAGGUAAAUUGCCAGCAGCACUUCAAUACCUUGAGAUUCAAUCAAUCUCAAAGCUGCAGAAAAUAGCAGAGAGGUUGCACCAGAACACAUCCCUUGAAUGCAUUAAGAUUUGGAAUUGCCAUGGCCUUAAAUCCUUGCCGGAUGACCUACACAACCUCAGCAAACUUCGCCAGUUCCAAAUUUUUUGGUGUCAAAGUUUUUCUUCCUUCCCAGCAGCAGGGUUGCCUUCAAACCUGAGAGUUCUCGGGAUCAAAAACUGUAAGAAUCUCAAGGCCUUACCUAACGGUAUGCGCAACCUCACUUCUCUUCAGAAAUUGGAUAUAUCUAACCGUCUAGACAGUCUGCCCUCUCCACAAGAGGGUUUACCUACCAACCUAAUAGAACUUAAUAUGAAUGACCUGAAGUUAUACAAACCAAUGUUUGAGUGGGGGUUGCAACAACUCACUUCUCUUAUAAAACUCUCCAUUCAUGGUGAAUGUCUAGAUGUUGAUUCCUUUCCAGGUGAGAGGAAGAAUGGGGUCAUGAUUCUGCUGCCAAACUCUCUCUCAAUUCUAUGCAUUUCAUAUUUUCAAAACCUGGAAUGUCUGUCCCCCAGGGGGUUUCAAAACCUCACAUCUUUAAACCAACUAAAGAUCUAUAAUUGCCUAAAGCUCACAUCCUUACCAAAGGAGGGCCUGCCUCCCUCACUUUCACAACUUGAAAUCCGUAAUUGUCCUCUGCUAAGUCAACAUUGCAAUAACGAGAAAGGACAAGAGUGGUCCAAGAUAGCUCACAUCCCUUGUGUUUUGAUUGACAACAAAUUUAUCCAUGAAACAGUGACAACAGAUUCAUUCACAACACAGCUCAACAGGUGAAUUCCUGAUUUUGCAAACAAGAGGAUGUUCAACUUUCGCAUUGCAUUGACAUCUAGAUAGUUCGAAAGGCAGAUGCAAUUCGUUUCAACUUUCCAUGUGGUGUGUGUGGAAGGAAUAUUUGUUUUUGUCUUGUUGAUGUUUGUUUACUGUCUUUACUAUGUCUGUUAGAGAUGGUGGCUCAUAUACUGAAUUGGAAAGUAACAUCGGUCUCUAGUCUAGAGGCCUCAUGAGUGGAGUGUAGCAGAGCGCAACUAAGUGGAGGCCAUGAGGCCCAGUGCGGCUUUGUUUACCCCUUCAUUGGGAAAUUCAAUGUCCUGGUUUUGGGCUUUUUUAAAGGCACUAUAAUUUAUUGUAAACCUUUAUUUUUUUUUUCUAAUAGUGAAUUUUCCCACCGCAUACUCUGGUGGAUGUAAGCAUAUUUUCAAACCACAUAAAUCUCCAUGUCAAUUUUCUCUUUUCUCUC